CUGGGGUAGCCUGUGGCUUGCGGUAUCCCAGUCCCGUGGUGGGGAUGCUGAGCCAUCUCCCAGCGCUUUCCCCUGCCGCCUCCGGGAGGCUGGGAGCCCCUCCCCGCCGGCCCCCGGUCCCCCUUCCCAUUCGGCAGGUUACCGGCCCCCGCAACUUAUCAAAAGUGAAGAAGAUGGCUCCUGCCGCAAGGAAAGGAGGGGGACCGAGGGCGGGCGGACGCUAUGAGGCAGCCGGGGGAGGCCAAGGGGAACAGGAGCGGUGGCUUUUUGGUGUCUACCCCGCCUCCGCAGCCCGGAGAUGCCUCGGCCCCGCCGGUGAUGCUCCGGCCGCGGGACGCCCUGUCGGGGCAGGAACGGGCAGCACCGCCUGCGCGCUGCCCUCCGCAUCGGCCCCAGCAUCGCUCCGCACCGGCCCCGGCCCCGGCCCCGGCCCCGUUCCGCGGGGAGGGCGCGGCCGCGGCACGCCCCCCCCGCCCCUCCCUCCCGGAGCCGAGCCGCUCCGCCCCUGCGCCGCCGCGGAGCGCAGCGCGGGCGCGCAGCGCAAUCCACCCCGCCGGUGCCACCGCCGCCUUUGUGUCUGGGCGCCGCCCCGUGCGCGGAGGCGGGACCUGCGCGGCGGGGCCGGCGGGCGGCGGAGCCGCGGGCGCGGGCAGCCCUCGGCGGUGCCCCCGCAGGCUCCGCGCCCCCGGACCGCGGCUUGGCCGCGCAUGGACGCGCGCUCCCGCCUGCACCUAUGCUGCUUGGAGAUGACAACCAAAAGGAAAAUUAUCGGCCGCCUGGUGCCCUGCCGGUGUUUUCGUGGCGAAGAAGAAAUUGUCUCGGUGUUGGAUUACUCUCACUGUGGCCUACAGCAGGUGCCAAAGGAGGUUUUUAACUUUGAGCGGACGUUAGAGGAACUUUACCUAGAUGCCAAUCAAAUUGAGGAGCUACCCAAGCAACUGUUUAACUGUCAAGCUUUACGCAAACUGAGUAUUCCGGACAACGACCUCUCCAGCCUGCCCACCACCAUUGCCAGCUUAGUUAAUCUCAGAGAACUCGAUAUCAGUAAAAAUGGAAUUCAAGAUUUUCCAGAAAAUAUUAAAUGUUGUAAGUGUUUAACUAUCAUUGAAGCCAGUGUCAAUCCAGUCUCUAAGCUGCCAGAUGGCUUCACACAACUGCUAAAUUUGACCCAGCUCUAUCUCAACGAUGCCUUUUUGGAGUUUCUCCCAGCCAACUUUGGAAGACUUGUCAAAUUGCGAAUUUUGGAGUUAAGAGAAAAUCACUUGAAAACUCUACCAAAGUCAAUGCACAAACUGACACAACUGGAGAGGCUUGAUCUGGGCAAUAAUGAAUUUUCUGAGCUGCCUGAGGUUCUCGAACAAAUACAAAAUCUAAGGGAGUUGUGGAUGGACAAUAAUUCUUUGCAAGUACUACCUGGGUCUAUAGGAAAGUUAAAACAGCUCGUGUACCUGGAUGUGUCAAAAAACAGGAUAGAAACUGUUGAUUUGGACAUCUCGGGAUGUGAAGGACUAGAAGAUCUCCUGUUGUCAUCCAACAUGUUGCAGCAACUGCCAGACUCCAUAGGACUGUUGAAAAGGCUCACAACUCUAAAAGUCGAUGACAAUCAGCUUACGAUUCUGCCCAAUGCAAUUGGAAAUUUAUCUUUAUUAGAAGAAUUUGACUGCAGCUGUAACGAGUUGGAGUCCUUACCCUCCACCAUCGGGUACCUGCACAACCUGAGAACAUUGGCUGUGGAUGAGAAUUUCCUCCCUGAACUGCCCAGAGAAAUUGGAAGCUGUAAAAACGUAACAGUGAUGUCUCUGCGCUCUAACAAGCUGGAAUUUCUUCCUGAUGAAAUUGGUCAGAUGCAGAAGCUGAGGGUGUUAAAUCUGAGCGAUAACAGACUGAAGAAUUUACCAUUCACUUUCACUAAACUUAAAGAACUUGCAGCUUUGUGGCUUUCUGACAACCAGUCCAAGGCUCUCAUUCCGCUGCAGACCGAGGCGCACCCAGAAACCAAGCAGCGAGUACUGACCAACUAUAUGUUUCCCCAGCAGCCCCGCAGCGAUGAAGAUUUCCAGUCAGACAGCGAUAGUUUUAACCCUACUUUAUGGGAGGAGCAGAGACAGCAACGUAUGACAGUUGCCUUUGAAUUCGAAGAAAAAAAGGAAGAGGAGGAAAAUGCAGGGAAAGUUAAGGUUGAAAUAAAUCUAAAACGCUAUCCCACUCCAUACCCGGAGGAUUUAAAGAAUAUGGUAAAAUCAGUUCAAAAUCUGGUGGGCAAAACAAGCCAUGGAGUCCGGCCUGAGAACUCGACGCCGACCGUGAACAGCGACCAAACGGUGAAAGACAAGUACGAGCAUAAGUGGCCCAUGGCACCCAAGGAGAUUUCAGUGGAGGAUGCCUAUGGACACCCCGGCAGUGAGAUGCGGAUAGGGGAGCUCCGUCCGUCCAUCCCAGAGACUCCACUCUACCCACCCAAACUUGUUCUUCUGGGUAAAGAGAAGAAAGAAUCUACAGAUGAGUCUGAAGCAGAUAAGAUCCAUUGUCUGAAUAACAGCGUUUCCUCAGGCACUUACUCAGACUAUUCCCCUUCCCAGGCUUCCUCAGGGUCCUCCAACGCGCACGUUAAAAUGGGCUCCUUGCAGACAACGGCUAAAGAAGCAGUGAAUAACUCUUUGUGGGGAAACAGGCUGGCACAGUCCUUCCCGCAGCCCCUUGAAACAAAGCCAUUGCUGAGCCAGCGGGAAUCGGCUCCGGCUGGGAACCUGCCACCACGCACGGACAGGCGCCCGCUCAGCGACGCCUUCACCGACAGCUGGAAUGACAGCUCGCACUACGACAACACCGGCUUCGUGGGCGAGGAGAGCGCAGUGGAGAACGCCAGCACCAACCCCCUCCUGAGCACCAAAUCCAGAAGCACAUCGGCGCAUGGGCGCAGGCCGCUGAUCAGGCAGGACAGGAUAGUCGGCAUUCCCCUGGAGCUGGAGCAGCCCACGCUCAGAAACACACACGAAUCUGAAGUGCCUCCUCCCAAUCCUUGGCAAAAUUGGACCCGAACCCCUAGUCCUUUUGAAGACAGGACAGCUUUUCCUUCCAAACUGGAAAGCACCCCCACCACCAGCCCUUUGCCUGAGCGGAAAGAUCACGUCAAAGAGUCUCCUGAAAUGACUAGCACUUUCACUCCAGGAAUAGCGUGGGAAUAUCAUGAUUCGAAUGCUAACAGAAGCCUCACAAACGUCUUUUCCCAUAUCCACUGUCGCCCGGAUCCUUCCAAAAGCGUUAUUUCAAUCAGCAAGAGUACAGAACGGCUGUCUCCGAUGAUGAGGGAUUUAAAAACUAACAAAUUUAAGAAGUCGCAAAGUAUCGAUGAGAUAGACAUUGGUACGUACAAAGUGUAUAAUAUACCCUUAGAAAACUAUGCAUCUGGUAACGAUACUGUAGGAGCCCAUGAGAGGGUGGACAAGCUGCUGGGCGCGGAGCACGGCAUGCUGAGCAUGUCCCGCAGCCAGUCCGUCCCCAUGCUGGAUGACGAGCUGCUGACCUACGGCAGCGUCAAGGUGCAGCCGCAGCAGAAGUCGUCCGUCACCAAGAAAGUCUACCAGUUCGACCAAAGCUUCAACCCACAGGGAGCGGUGGAGGUGACGGCAGAGAAGAGGAUACCACCGCCUUUCCAGCUCAACCCCGAGUACAUCCCCCAGCAGAGUAAAAACCUGCCGCAGGAGCUGGUCAGCCCCAGGGCGUACCGUGGCUAUCCCCCCGUGGAGCACAUUUUCUCCUUCUCCCAGCCUUCCGUCAACGAGGAGACGGUCGGUGUCCCCUUUGCGAGCCAGGGCUCUCGGCCAGGGUUCUUGAGGAGGGCGGAUUCUUUGGCCAGCUCCACCGAGAUGUCCAUGUUCAGGAGAGUCAGUGAGCCCCACGAGCUGCCGCCCAGCGACAGGUACGGCCGGGCUCCGUACCGGGGGGCCGUGGAGCGCCAGAGCAGCAUCUCGGUCCCCGAGUCUCAGUUCCUUAAGAGGAACGGCAGGUACGAAGACGAGCAUCUUUCCUACCAAGAAGUGAAAGCUCAGACUGGAAGCUUUCCAGUUAAAAACCUUACACAAAGGAGGCCAUUGUCUGCAAGAAGCUACAGUACAGAGAGUUACGGCACGUCCCAAACCAGGCCGGUUUCAGCGAGGCCAACAAUGGCAGCUCUGCUGGAAAAGAUUCCGUCAGACUAUAACUUGGGUAACUAUGGCGACAAGCCUUCCGAUAACAGUGAUAUAAAGACAAGGCCUACCCCUGUGAAGGGAAAUGAGAGCUGUGCUAAAAUGCCCGCUGACUGGAGACAACAGCUACUUAGACAUAUAGAAGCUAGAAGGUUAGACAGGACCGCUGCUUACAAACACAACACAGUUAGCCUUGGCAUGCUGCACUCUGGAGGGUUUCCAGCCAUGCAUGCCGGCAGAAGCAUGACUUUAAACUUGCAGCCUAAAUCUAAAUUUGAAAACCAAAUGCUUCAAGAGCUACCUCUACCGAAAACCCCGUCGCAGCAGAGCAGCGUCCUGGACAACGGGCAGGAGGAGCUGAGCGGCAGCGGGCAGUGGAACCCCUACCCGCUGGGCCGGCGGGACGUGCCGCCCGACACCGUCACCAAGAAGGCAGGUAGCCACAUCCAGACGCUGAUGGGCUCGCAGAGCCUGCAGCACCGCAGCCGCGAGCAGCCCUACGAGGGGAGCAUGAACAAGGUGACCAUCCAGCAGUACCAGCCCCCGCUGCCCAUCCAGAUCCCCUCGGCGCAGAGCUCCCGGCCCCCACAAACGGGGCGCUGCCUGAUCCAAACCAAGGGCCAGAGGAGUACGGACGCCUAUCAGGAGCAGUUUUGUGUGAGAAUAGAGAAGAAUCCUGGCCUUGGUUUUAGUAUCAGUGGUGGAAUAAGCGGACAAGGAAAUCCAUUCAAACCUUCUGAUAAGGGUAUCUUUGUUACUAGGGUUCAGCCUGACGGGCCAGCGUCCAGCCUGCUCCAGCCUGGCGACAAGAUCCUCCAGGCCAACGGACACAGUUUUGUACAUAUGGAACACGAGAAAGCUGUAUUACUACUGAAGAGUUUCCAGAAUACAGUAGACCUAGUUAUUCAACGUGAGCUUACUGUCUAAAUAUUUUUUUAUAAAUACUAAAUACGUCUAGCCAGAUCUAAUGUUCAAACAGAUUUAUACAUAGGAAACAAAUUUUUGCCAAUUGCUGGACCAAUGGCAAACGGUAGUGCCAAAUGUAUAAUACUAUAUGUUAGUACCAAUCAUCUUGGAAAAAAAUAUAUAGACGAUAUAAAUAUAUUGUUCAUGUGGCUAUGUAUUAGUUUUAAUUGUCAGCCUCUGGCUGUGCAUUGGUGCGUUUUUUUAAUCAAGUUACUUCUUAAAGUCAAUUUCAUAUGAUUUCAAAACACAGAAGCACAUACAAAUUCUUUAGGAAUUCUGCUGUCCAUCAGAAACACUGCCUCAAAGUUGUAUAUGCCUUUAUAAAGAUAAAAUAUAUUAACCUGUACUUCCCAUGAAAUAUUUCUAUCAUGUCUCAUACAAAAAGUAUAGAGAAAAAAUAUUUUCAUAAACACCUCAAAGAAAGUAUAUAUUAAAUUAAAUUUAAUAAUUUUCAUUUAUUUUCAAUGCAAAGAUAUUAUAUGCCUUAUGAAAAUACCUGUACAUAUGCAGUGUGUAUAGCUGGCUCCAUAUUAAUUAGUGAAAAUAUCACUAUACAGGGUGAGAUACUUAAUAAAUUCUACUGUCAACCGUGGGACCUAGAUAUAAAUAACCUACAUGAGAAUUGGUCAAUUCCCCCUGUUUGACGCUUUAGCUGAUCCCAUGGGAACACGCUCAAUGGACAAACCGUGAGUUUAGGCAGGUGUGGUUCGGAAAUGGAAGAAGGUUGUGAUGGGUGGCAGUAAAACGUCUUUCAUUGCUGCUAAUUUUAUUAUCUAACUUUUUAAUUUGAAAUUUUAAGCCCUUUACUCCCCUGCCCGUUCCCCCAGCCCUACAUUGUUGUGUGUUUUCGCUCUGGUCCAGGCUGUGCUCGCUAUAUUCACUGUCAGGGAGACUUUAACCUUUAUCAGGUCCUUUCUUUGAGCUGAGGUUUCUGACAUGAAAGGGAGCAGAUUUGAUUUAAGAUGUGUUGAGUGCAAGGGCGAGCAGCGAAUGAUGCUGAACCUGGGACAAACUUUCCCAGUGAAAUACACGGUUUGAAAACCCUUCGGGUCAAAGUCCUGGCGCUGGUCCCAGCAGAGAAUUGUGACAGCACAGAGUUCUGCACAGCUGCUGGUGGCGCAGCAGCUCGAGCGUCCUUCGUGUUUGUAACUGACAGCAAGGUGGAAAAACACUAGAAAACCUCCCCACCGAUGUUUGGAGGGUCCCCAGUUUGUGUUGACCCGGUGACAGGUACAGUGGGUGCAGGGGGAGCGUCGAAACACCCCGAAAAUCGCAGGUCAGAGCGGAGAGGAGCUGUGGAUCGGGGCACAGCCAGGAAACCUUUCUGCUCUUCCCAGCGUGCUCGCACCAGUGGAGGUAAUUACACUCCCAAUCAAACUAAGCUUCAAAAGAUGAUGGUGCCGUUAUGUAUAAAGCCCUGUUUGCUCUGUGGAUGCAGAGGGAUGAAAAUCCUUUUGUGGGGCUCUGCUGCUGUCCUGGGCACGGUGCCAUCAGCAUCCCUGUGAGCUGAUGUGUCCCCAGUAUCCUGACACACCCCUGUACCAGGAGCUCCCGCGUGGGUGGGCGAGGGGCUGAGGCCAGGCUUGAGGCAAACCAGUUGAAGUCCCCAGAGAUAAACCUGCUGAGGUCACCCCGUGCUUUGUCUCUGGCCGCUGUCCCUGCCUGGCGCUGCUGGUUUCUCCUCUCCCUGUGCUCACAGCACUGCACAGAGACGGGGGCUCAGCCCAUGCGGGGAGCACAGGGACGUGUCAAAUCCUCCCCCCAUGCUGGUCGUAACCACUGAAGAUGAGGUUUCCCAAUGAACUCAGGCUCCCCAAGGCUGGCUCAGCUCUGGGAAAGGCUUGUUCUGAGCAGGACAGAGAGGGUCGUAUCAUGAAAACCACCUGUGCACAUAGAAGUGAUAAAGUACCCCAUACAUAAAAAUUACAUUACAAAUUAGUCAGUAGAAACUACGCCCUAAUAUUGUUAUGAAGCACAAGCUUUUUAAUUGUUUGGAUUUUGUUUUUCCUUUUUUUUCUUUGUUUCCCUGGCUCUGUGGCAGCUGCAGCCGCACUCGGCUCCAGGGGACACCCCACCUCUGUGCGGGUGUUUGCAUCUCCCUUUUGCUCCUCCAUCUACAGCGAUGAUUAACUUUAUUAGUAUAAAUAUUAACGAAACAUCAACUCCGAGCUGGACGUGCAGGUUCCUGGACCGCAGGAGUUUCACUCGGUCGGUGCAGUUUUCUCGCUGGGAGCUGCUGUCCCAUGGGCACCGCACGAGCCAGAGCAGCCCCGCUCCUCCCAGCACUUACAAUGUGAGUAAAUGAUGUGGUGGUAUUCAGAACAUAAAUUUAAAUAAUUAAUACUUUUCAGUAAAUCAAAAUCUCGGUACCACAAGCUAAAAAAGCUUGCUGAAUUCACGUGAUUGGAUUGUUAUCUGCUCAAUUUUUUGAGCUUUCAGUUUUCCAUCACAAGAAUGUGGUUUUAUAAUGUGCCAUCAAAUCCCACUGGCUCUGGGAAGGUCGAAACUUUUCCAACAUUCAUGGCAUUUCAGAGGCAAACAUUGCCAUUCGUAAGUCCUUAUUGCCCUUUAAAGAAAGAAAAUAGGAUUUGACAUACCAUUUAGAAAAUUGUAGACACCUACGUAGCUUUUAGUUAAUUAUACGUUGAAUGGGAAUGAGGUCCCUUAAUAGACAUUUAGGCACCUCAGUUGCCCUGUGGAGCUGCCUUUGUCUUUUCCUGCAGAAAAGCCCUUUUCUGCGUGUGCCCACGCAGCCUGUUCCCCCGCGGAACAGCCCCAAAUCCUGCCCAGGACUCUGCUUUGGGCUGCAAAAACCAGAUUCCGCACAUAGCACCAGAAACGUGGGGAGUUGCAGGUGCAGGAGGGACAAUGAGGGCUCUGCCUCCGGACCUUGAACCAGGGGACCGACCGACAGGUAAAAAUGGGGAAACGGGAGAAAAUCAGGUGAGCUUCAGCGCUUGUUCGGACCGAGUUUUGUGUGCGGCUGUUUUUCCAUGUGAUGUUUUUAUUGGAUCUCAAGCGCAGCGGCACAGUCAGUCAGGCUGUGUUUCAAGACUGCUGAGUGCUCUCAUUAGUAGAUUAUAAUGAAAAGGAAAUUGCAAUAAAAUUGAGUGCAGUUAAGUCCUUCACUCAGCCAAAACUCCACUGGCUCCACAGAGGGACUUGAUGGAGAGUUUGGAGCUUUAACACCAACCCCCACAACCCCUCAAAUAUUUACUUGUUGGCAUUCUUUUUAUUCCAAUUGGCAGAAGUGAUGUUCACAUAGGACUAAUAAUAUUAGCAAUUAAAAUUAUUUUAAUGGGACUACUUAGGAUUUUUACAUUAGUUCUUGAAAAUGACUUGUACCUUUUGUCUUUUUUGGAAGGUCUCCCGUAACCUCACAGACACAAACACGACCAGGUUUGCAGGUCAGGUACCAGGUUAAGUUUAUGCUUUGCACAUGGUUAUGAUAUUUAUUUUUAUUUACUAUAUAUGAAGUAGAAAUCCCGUGUGUGCCCAGACCAGCGGCCAGGCUGGUGGGAACACGUCUGCUUUUCUGCAGCUGUGUCACAAGGCUGCUCUUAAGGGGGAGGAAAAAAAAAGCUGCUUACAAAAUGCUUUUCUUAUUUAGAUUAAAAAAAAAGCCCAGCGCCAGGAAGCCUGCAGGACUCCCCAGUCUUCGUAAUUUCCCCAAUUUGCAGUGUGUAUCUGGGUGUUUAUAAAUGAUGAAAUUGAGAAGCCAGUUGUUCAUAAUAUCUCUCAUUUAACAUCCUCAAAGCUGGUUUGAUGUUUUCCAAGAUAAUUUGUAACAUGGCCCUGUCUGCACACGUGUCUCGCGGCCCCGCGCAGCUCCCGGGGUGGGGACAGGUCAGGGUGUCCCAGAGGGACUCAGCACAGGGACCCGGGCAGGACCGGGCCAUGUGUGGGACACUCCGUUUGUCCCCAAGGCAUGUGCAGUGCGUCCGUGGGGCAGCGAAUGCUGCAAUUGCCAGAGGUUCAUGGGAAAAGCUGAGUGGCCUUUUGCUGAGCGGGGAUGAAAAGACCUUGGAAACGCUGCUGCAACAGCUGUAUUUUUAGCUCAUACAGGAGCACCUGCAAAGUGAGCUCCUGUGCUCUAGAACACCACUGAGCUUCAUGAACCAAAAAUUCAGCUGAAAAUUACAGUAGGAGAUGUUCAGGAGAUUGGUUUGCUGCUGCUAAUAAGCACUUUGAAUGUAAAGAUGUUCCCUGGUUAAACCUCUCUGGCUUGUAAUAUAGCAUCUAAUUACCUUAUGCAAUGAAAAUAAAAAGGUUUGUUUAUAGAAAUGUGUAUAUAUGUGUAUAUAUCUGAUAGAGAUAUAUGCAACAGCAAAUGCACAGGCAGUGUUAUGUGCAAACCUACCAAUUUCGAUGUGCUCGCAUGCAGGACAUGGGCUCGGGAGCUGAGCCAGGCUCAUUGCUGGGCAAUGGGGCUCAGGGUGUUGAUUUCGGGGGGCUCAGGGGGUUAGUGCCCCCCCCGGCUCCUUCCCACCCCGCAGGAACAGGUCUGACCCCCAUGUCCCUUUGCCGCAAUCCCAGCCAGGCGCAGGGGGUGAGCAGCCCCCAUCGUGGGGUCACCACCUACCUCAGCAGCACUUGUAACUGGGGGGAUUUCACAGUUAGAAUUUCCAAAUGUGAAUGAAGUUUGAUCUGAAGGUUGAGCUCCCCGCUGCUGAGCACCCACAGCCCAUCCCACCGCAGCGCCCGUUCCCCUCCUCUGCCUUCCAAAAUUCCACUUUGAGCAAGCGCACAAAGACGUACCAUUGUGUUUCAGGCACUAAGGAUUUAUUUCACGUGUCAGCCGUACCGGUGUGAGCAGAAUACAACGGACCGAUACAACUUUCAGGCCAGUAGUUUGGACAGGAUAGGAAUUAGGUGGUGGCUUGGUUUUGUUUUGCACACUGUUGGGGAUGGUGGGCGGCACUGCGGUAGCACCUGGGGAAAAGCAGAUUUCAUCAGAUUGUAUUUGCAAAUCAUAGAAUUUAAAUAGUUUCUGUUAAAAACAUAAAUAAAAAGCCUUUAGCCCAUCCCCUUCCCGGACAGUUCCAGCCAAGGUUCUGAAGCGACAUCCCUGCAUAGCGUAGGAAUUCCUGGGGCCUUCCCGGCUCUGUGCCCGCAGAUCCCAGCGCUCGGCCCUUUUCUACUCGUGAGUACUGUAUCCCAGGCCGAACCAACAGCUUACUUUAUUAAAAAUUUUACCAUUUUAUAAAAGACAUGUUUAAUUAUGAUGGAGAUGGCUGUAUUGUAAUUAAUAUUUUGAGAUAAUUGUGAUUUUGAGCUUAAAUUAUAUACAGAAAAAUGGUCAUUUUUGUAUGUGUCAAAAGAUUGCUAUAUUACAAAAGACUAACUGUACUUUUCAGUUUAAUUACGGUAUUAAUGUAAAUAAAGCUGAAUGAAGAAAUAUUUACUACUUUAUUAACAUAGAUUGUGAAUGUACUUAAUGUUUUUUGCAGUAUAAAGACUUCCUGAACUUGAAAGCUGCUUCAUUUUAUGUGCAAAAAGGUACUUCAAAAAUUCUAUUUUAAAUCUAUUGAUUCAGUGCAAUCAAUUAUAUUGUUAGUUAAUUUGCACAUGCAGGUUGUAUCCUUCCAGUUUUCUUUCAUGUAUGACACUUAUCCGUAAGGUGUAUAUUGUGUUUCGAAUGCAUUUUGCAGAUGCUUCUGUACAUAAAACAAAUACAGGGACUAAACCAAUGCUGUGCAGUGUAUAGCAGAGCCAUUUUUCGGCUUUGGUGUACCCAACUUUUUCAGUAUUUAAAAAAAGUGUUUUGAAUAACAUUAAAAAAGUCUCUUUAUUGUAUAAAUAAUAAAAACGUCACCUUAUUGUAA